CCGGUGUAGCUGCCCAGGAGGAGCGGAGAGAGGCAGCGCUGGGCACCAUGGCUGGAUUCUCUGCUCUUGGGCUUCUCUUCCUGUGUUGGCUGUUAGCCACAACAUCAGCUCAGAGAGUGGGACCACAAGGCCCUCCCGGACCACGAGGACCCCCUGGACCAUCUGGCAAGGAUGGCAUAGACGGAGAGCCAGGCCCUCCUGGUCUGCCAGGCCCACCAGGGCCAAAAGGUGCACCAGGGAAGCCUGGGGCAGCUGGUGAAGCUGGAUUGCCUGGCCUUCCUGGAGUGGAUGGCUUGACAGGAACUGAUGGCCCACCUGGCCCAAAUGGGCCUCCAGGAGACCGUGGUGCAUUAGGACCUGCUGGGCCACCUGGAUCAGCUGGCAAAGGACUACCAGGACCUCCAGGGCCUCCAGGACCCAGUGGGCUCCCAGGUGGAAAUGGAUUUCGGGGUCCUCCUGGACCUUUUGGUCUGCCAGGAUUCCCAGGACCUCCUGGACCACCUGGACCUCCUGGUCUUCCAGGCAUCUUUCCCGACGGCGGUGGGGACCUUCAGUGCCCAGCUCUGUGCCCACCAGGUCCUCCAGGUCCCCCAGGAAUGCCAGGCUUCAAGGGACACACUGGUCACAAAGGAGAACCUGGUGAAAUAGGAAAAGAUGGAGAGAAGGGUAACCCUGGCCCUCCUGGUCCUCCAGGCAUUCCCGGCAGCGUUGGCCUGCAGGGCCCAAGAGGACUAAGAGGCCUCCCUGGCCCCAUGGGUCCAGCCGGCGACAGAGGUGACAUUGGUUUCAGAGGGCCACCUGGAAUCCCAGGACCUCCAGGGAAAGUUGGUGACCAAGGAAGCAAAGGACCUCAAGGAUUCAGAGGGCCCAAAGGUGAUACUGGUAGACCUGGACCAAAAGGAAACCCAGGGGCUCGUGGACUCAUAGGAGAACCUGGGAUGCCUGGCAAGGAUGGGCGGGAUGGAGCUCCUGGAUUCGAUGGUGAGAAGGGUGAUGCAGCUCGCAUGGGUGCUCCUGGAGAGAAAGGACCAAACGGGCUGCCUGGGCUGCCUGGAAGAGCAGGUAUUAAAGGCUCCAAGGGGGAACCAGGCAGUCCAGGAGAGAUGGGAGAGGCUGGUCCUUCUGGAGAACCUGGCAUCCCUGGUGAUGUGGGUGUUCCUGGGGAGAGAGGUCUGCCAGGACCCAGAGGAGCUACUGGCCCACUUGGACUUCAAGGUCCCAUGGGAGCCCCCGGAGUCAGAGGUUUCCAGGGUCCAAAAGGUGCCAGUGGUGAACCUGGCCUUCCUGGUCCAACUGGAAUUCGUGGAGAGUUAGGUGACAGGGGUCCUACUGGAGUUCCUGGUCCCAAAGGCAACCAGGGCAUGGCUGGAGCAGAUGGCCUCCCAGGUGACAAAGGAGAACUAGGUCCCUUUGGUCCCCCUGGCCAAAAAGGAGAGCCAGGAAAAAGAGGAGAACUUGGUCCAAAAGGUGUCCAGGGACCUAAUGGGACAGCUGGAGUACCAGGGAUCCCAGGACAUCCAGGCCCCAUGGGCCAUCAGGGGGAGCAAGGUGUUCCUGGCAUCACUGGAAAACCUGGGCCUCCAGGCAAAGAGGCCAGUGAACAACACAUAAGAGAACUCUGUGGGGAAAUGAUAAAUGAUCAAAUUGCACAGUUAGCUGCUAACCUGAGAAAGCCCUUGUCUCCUGGAAUGACGGGUCGUCCUGGCCCAGCUGGUCCCCCAGGUCCUCCUGGGACAGUGGGAAGUGUUGGGCACCCCGGUCCUCGUGGUCCCCCUGGGUACAGAGGGCCAACAGGAGAGCUUGGUGAUCCUGGUCCCAGAGGUGACCCUGGCGAAAAGGGCGACAAAGGACCCGUUGGUCAAGGUAUCGAUGGGCCUGACGGUGACCAAGGACUUCAAGGACCACCUGGUGUACCUGGAAUUACUAAAAACGGUCGGGAUGGUGCUCAGGGUGAACCCGGUCUUCCAGGGGAUCCUGGUACUCCUGGUGCUAUUGGGGCUCAGGGAACUCCAGGAAUUUGUGACACAUCGGCUUGCAUGGGAGCUGUUGGAGCAUCAACUUCCAAAAAAUCAUAAAACAACAGUACAAGAAGUGGAGAAGGGACUGAAUAUUUAAAUAAAGGGUACAUUGUAAGAAAACAGACAGAAUCCUCCUAGUGAUAAAUGGACAGAUGUUCCUUCUAUUGUAUUAAGUGGAGACUUUGACACAGUUCUAUGAAAAAGAAAGCAUCAGAUGAAAACUUGUAAUUAAAAGAUGCUUUAUGAGUAUUUUCUCCUCCCCACCCCCCCAGUUAUUUUCCAGAAUUUUUACUGCUAAAUAAUCUCACCUUCCCUUUCUCCCUUUGUUCAGGACACCUGCAAGAGGAAGCAUUGUUCCUUUUUACCAUCACCCUCCCUCCCCAACUGUACUAGAGAUCAUUAAUUUUCCUGUAUAAAUGUUUGAGCCUUGUCCAUUGAAUUCCUUGGUGCUGUUCCCACUGACUUCAGGUAGUGCACAAACCUGCUUAAGAUACACAUUGCUGAGCUAUUUGGGCACCUCACAUCAAUGAAAAUUAGGCAUAUAAAUAUCUCGUAUUUUAAUAUCCUAAGAUUCUGGCUUAAGUAAAGACCAGAGCUUAUGUCUCUGCUGUCAAUUACCAGUUUUUCAGAUUGCACCUCAAAUAUUUGCCAAGACAAGUAAAUAGUAAUCCUCCUGCAAUCGAAUUCUGCAAGAGGUAUAAUGUAUAUAUUUUAAUAUACAGGGGACACUCUUUUGUACAUUUCCAUAUGACAGUAAAGGAAAUUAAAUAACACCAUCUUCACAACCUCUACUUAAGCUAUUUGCACAGUAAUUGUGACUGAAACCCCAAAUAAGAAAGGGUGCUCUUCUGAAGUCCAGCCAAAAACACCUGUAUGAACUGUUGUAAAAAUAAAAGGAGAUUUUGGUUUUUUUA